CUUUAGAGCUAGCCUGCUCCUUCUGCCAACCCCUCAACUUAAAGCAUCCCACACAGGAUAGCUUUUUAACAUCGAGGCUGUGGGUUACAGGACUUAUUUCCUUUAUGAUCUACCUGCACAAAUACUCCUGCUGUAGAUCAUUCCCCCCAAAUCCUGAGCAAGGUAUACUGUGGUUAUUCAUUCCCCUGGUAUCAGGAUCAUUUGUAAUCUAGUCACCUUCCUCUCAGACAGACUUAGAAAUGCUCACACAAUCCACCUCAGUGACACUACAGUUAUUCAGCUAUGCAUUUGUAGUGGUUUAGUUUUUAGUCUAGAUUUCUACUCUUCAUCUGGCUUUAUUUACCUGUACAUAUAUCGAUAAUUAAUAUGAGCCUUGCUGUUUUUAUCACUGUUUUCAUCACUACAAAGCAUGUUUUUUUACCUUUUUUACUUCAUUUAGUAGUCUUAAGGGGUUGAUGUCAUUUGGAACAUAUUUCUACCAUUUCUUUCCAUCUGUUUCACUUAGUUUACAGUAGGCAGGCCUCCAAACUAUUACAAUUCUCAAAUUAAACCAAAAGUGCCUGCCUUCCUGAGUAUGAGCACAUGUCACUGUUCUCAGGGCUGCUGCAAGCAAAAGACUUUGGCUUCAUUAUGUCCUUCUGAGCAGCUGACAUUUCCCAACAUCCUGACUUUCCUUGCAUGGUAAAACCCAAAGACGCUGAACAACUCAGUAUAAACAAGGGCAAAAUUUGCAUUGUCCUGAAACUGAAAGUUUCUAUAUGGUAACCAAUACAAUCCACAAGCACUGAAGGGUACAGCUGUGACUGGCAAGACUACCUGCUUAUCUGAGAGAUGUAUAACCUGCUCUGUUUCCUUACUUUUUUGAAUGUUUUAUUCUUUUCUGUGGGCCUGCUGAUUCAGUUCUUUACAGCGGAAAAGUUGUUGCUGCCUCCUUGCAGCAUGACUCCACGAGAUCAUAUGAGAAAAAUGUCUAUCCUGGGGGAACAAGGAACACUAGAAGAAAAGCACUUGUACCGAUUAGCAAGUGGCAUGGCAACAGGAGAACUGUAUAUGCUUUGUGUCAGAACUGCGGCAGAGGCAAGAGAUGCUAGUGAGAAAUCAGCUGAUGACAGUGAACCCUCAGCUAAUGGGCACAGGCCAGCAGAGAAUGCAGGUGAUUCCCCCUCAGUUUGAGCCUCGACUGGUAGACAGAGAUCUAUUACCUUCAACUGAAGUGAUGGCAUCAGCUGACCCAAGACAAAUCCAUAUAGCAUCCCACCUCGGACCCACAGUCCCACAGCACACAAACAUGCCAAACAUAUUGUCCAACCAUGUUUACCCAGGCCCAGGAUAUAGCUUUCUGCAACCAGAAUCCAUGGAAGCUGUGGCCAGAAGACAGGAACUGAUUCAAAAGCAAAAUAUUGCCAGAAUGGAAAUGGAGAUGAGUGCUAUUUUUCAGCAAAAAGAAAUGGAGAAAGCUCAUCAGAAAGGGCUACUGGGUCUGGAAGCGCCUUUCCUUUACCAUGGGAUGCCAGCUGGUCCCAUUGCUUUCCGUGGCAGGCACAGACUACCUGAAGGCCAUCUUCCCAGCGACUUAUAUGUUCACCGUACCACCCUUGAUGAAAUUCAUGGCAACACCAUGCUCAUGGCAAGCAGCCCAUACCCACCAGUCAGCACGCUGCAAAGGGAGAGGGGACGCCGACCAGGGAGACGAGCUGGAAAUCACAAAACUGCAGACUGUAGUGCCAAUGGCACAAAGAACCAAGCUGAUGACAAAACUACAGACUCUACUUCAGCUGCGGCGGAUGAUGAGAAAGAGGACAAGAAAGAAACAGAGGCGGAGACACCAGACAAACACGAACAAAGCAAAAACCAGACCGAGCCACCCACAGUUGCCAAAAACUGUAAAGAGUUUGAACAAGACUUGAGAAAAAACUGUGCUACUCAUGAAAUUUCUACAGAAACCAACAGCUGCAGCAACACAAAUGAGAAGGAAUCUAAUAGCUCCUGUGCUGCUUUUGAUGACAAGUACAUGUACCCUUCUGCAAUCCCAUUCUCAGCGUUACCAUGUGGAUUUCCAGUACCCAGCAACCCAUUGCUACCUUCAGGUUUGACAAGAGCAGAUGGCCUGAUGCUGAGUGGAGAAGACAUUUCUUCCAUUGAAGACAUUCGCAAGUGGACUGUUGAUGAUGUAUACAACUUCAUCAUUAGCCUCCCGAGCUGUUCAGAUUAUGCCCAGAUAUUUAAAGACCACGUUAUUGAUGGAGAAACCCUUCCACUGCUAACAGAGGAACAUCUCCUGGAUACAAUGGGAUUAAAACUCGGACCAGCAUUAAAAAUCCGCUCUCAGGUGUCUCGACGUCUGGGCAAUGUGUUCUACAUGAUGAAUCUUCCUCUGUCUGUGCCCCUGCCACCUGCUCCAGGCAAACCCCCAGAUCAGCCCUCUGACAUAGCCUCCCCUCUUCACUGCAACAGCAGUGGGGGUAUGCUGGAUAGUCCCUGCUCUCAGGACCCAGAAACUUCAAAAGCAGUGGAACAGAUCAUUUCAGAAAGCAGGGAAAAUCCAUGUGACACAGCUGGAUCUCAGGCUGACUUCCAGAUGAUCACUUCCCAGAAAAGUUGAGCUUAGUCCAGGAUAUGACAUGUUCUUAAUAAUACAGGAGCCUCUAGUCACAAAGUGUUUGAGAAGAUAGCUGCAGCCCGAAACCUCUGUAUGACUGGGGCUGAACAAAAUAAGCUGCAAAUGCAGCAUGAGGAAGUGUGGUAUCUGAAAGGCAUGAAAAAAAAGCAACUACACAUUAGUGCAAUUACUUUCAAGUGCAAUUCGUUGAAAUGAAUACCAGUACAGUUAACAGGUAAAUUUAAUUUUUCAUUCAAGUCCAGUGUCAUCACUGCAAUCUGGCAGAGACUCAGAAUACGCUGUCUGGUUUACAGUGUGUUCCUGUGAGCAGCUGAGAAACUACAAGGAAAAGUUACAGCUUCCACACAUAGCUGACUUCUGCUUCUGUUGAACAAUAUUUACAUGAAAAAUGUAUAUGGAAUUCAUUGAGGGAGUACAGAAUUACCUGCAGAAUUACCUAGACUGAGGAAUUUGAGUUAAUUCCAUUGCUGUUGUAGAAGUAAGCCUUUCUAAGUGCCUGGGAGGGGUACACAGGAUAUAGACAAGAUACACAGAUUAAACCCUGGAAAAGAAAAUGCUAUGUGUAACAAGAGUUUUAAUUAUUCAAAGGCAUUCUUAUCAUCAGGGUUUGAAUUUGCUUUGCAUGAUUGCACAGCUGAGAUGGGUUUAGGAGGAAGCAUCAGCAGACUUUGCCAUGAAGACCAGUCACUGGGACAGUAACGUUCCUGCAGGCAGCAGGCUCAAAGCCACCCCGGUUCCUGCCACCUUCUGCCACAGCAUCCAUCCCCUCAGCUCACCUGGGCAAGCUGUGGAAAGCCCUUCACUCAGCAGCACACUCAGUGUUCUUCAUUUUGGAAGAAGCCAUCAAUUUUAGCCAGAAAGCUCCCUUUUGUCUGCAAAAAUAUGGUUUCCCCUCACUUCUGCUACUGAUUUCCUUACAGCAAACAAGAACCACAAAAUAGUGUUUAGCUAGGGAUAAAUCCUCAGCAUUUUAUUGUGAACCCGGGUGAAUUAUCUCUGUUCCCUCUUUAGUGGUUUGGUCAUACACUGGUCUUCCACUUAGGCUUCGGAAGUCAGUAUACUUCCACUCUCCUCCUUGCAAGAACACUUCUUCAUUCCAAAGGACACACAAAUAUUUUUGGUAAAAUUAAGUUCUGUAAAUGGAAAGUUGAUAGAUUGCAGAUCUGCUCUAUAUUUCUGCUUUAGAUUCUCUCCCCUUAGUUUAGUUUCCGUGGCCUGUUUGUGUGUUUAGAUGGUGAGUGUCUAAACACACGAGGAGGGGGAGUAUUUUCAUAUUUUAGACUGUGGGCACCUGUUUUUUUACUUUAGCCUGAGAUAAAUUAUUUCAUAUCUUUGAUAUAUUUGUGCACUAGAUAGUAUGUGAUUAGAUGUUUGCAAAAACAACUUAAGAUCUUCAUCUUACUAUACUGUACAAACUUUGCAGCCUUCAGAAAAAGGGCAAAUAUCUAUAGUACUCCUCUUCUGAACUAGCAAAGUCUUUCUGUAAAAGGAGUUGAACCUGACUCUGCUUUCACUGAAAACUGUCACUGACACCAAUUAUGGCAGUCUUGGACUCUGUGCAUGUAUCUCCAAAUACUGUAACUGGAGUGUAUGAUUUCAGGGUUAAUCGAUAAAAUCCAGUAAGGCCCAACACAAAAGCAUAGUAUGCUACGCAGCAAAAUACUCCAAAGUUGCAGACAGACCCUGAUGUAAUCCCCUCCUAAGUGCUGACCUUUACAUCUGUGAUCUGAUGAAAUAAUGGGAGCCUUUCCCAAGAGUUUGAAUUAUGUCAUAUGCAUCACCUGUGGGUAUUUUUCAUAUAAGGAACUAUUUACUGAAUACUCAACAGUGUUCCAAACAAUCAAAAUUAUAACCUCAAGCUGGAAAGUUUAAAUCUAACUCCAUAAGACUGUCUAAAAGAAGUACAACAGCAGUAUUAAUCUUGGACUGGCAAUUAGUUUGCUGUUCACUCUGUCUCAAUUAAUUUCAAAAAGUGUUAACCUCUGUUCUCUUCAUCAACUUUUCAACUUUUUUUCAUGGCUUUAAAAUUUAGUAAGGCAGCUUGGAAAGCUUUAUGUUGAAUUUGUUAAUGUAAAUGUUUACUUUUUCAUAUUUUGGAUGAAACACAAUUGUCAGUGUAAAAAACCCAUAUUCUGUUUAAAAUGCUUUUACCUGUUAUUUUAACACAUAACGUCUUAGA